AUGCAUCUGGAGCUGUGGGGUAAAUCAGUUUUUACAACUGGCACCCUGGGCCGACAGCAAUCCAGUCAACAUAUCUCCACUACCGCCCUUUCCAAAUUAAGAUGUGACAUACAAAGACUAUUGGAUGCGAGCCAUACUAAUUCUUCUUUAGCUUCAUACUCUCAUGCUUGGGCAGUUUUUAAAGAUUUUGCCGAGAAAUACGAGUUAAUUAUUGAGUUCCCAGUGAAGCAACACAUAUUGGUAUAUUAUGUUGCCUACCUAUUUUCAAAGGACUAUGCUGCAACAACUAUUUCAUCAUAUCUCUCAGCUAUUAGUUACAUCCAUAAGCUCAACAGUUUUGGGGAUCCAUGCUCGUCUUUUUUAAUACAAAAAUUGCUCUUAUCAACACGCAAACUUAAACCUUCACAAGAUGUUAGAAUACCUAAUACAAAAAAUAUUUUGCAUCAAAUUUGUGACUUUUUACCAGUUACAGUUUCCAAUGCAUUUGAAAAGACCUUGUUUAAAGCAAUGUUUUUGUUGGCCUUUUAUGGAUUCUUGAGAGUUGGGGAAAUAACAUCAUGUCAAAAGGUAAUUAACAAAAAUUUAAUUCUGUUUAAUCAAAUUUCCAGGCAGCAAGAUCAUUUAAUUAUCAAAUUUGUUACAUAUAAACAUCACAUGGGCAAACCAUUUUUUCUCACUAUUCACUCGGCAAGUAACAAAAAGUAUUGUCCAGUUCAAUGCCUAGAAGACUACAUUAAGUUAAGAGGAGUACAAAAUGGGCCACUUUUUUGUUAUGUACCAAAUAUUCCAGUGUCCAGGGGUAAACUUUCGGCGGUAUUAAAAAACUGUCUAUCAUUUGCAAAGUUGGAUAUGAGUCGCAUUACUAGCCAUUCUUUCCGGAUAGGCAUGGCGUCGCACUGUGCGGACAUUGGCAUGAGUGACAGCAAAAUUAGACUGUUAGGUCGAUGGAAAUCAGAUGCAUUCAAAAGUUAUAUUAGACCAGUUAAUCUAGUAUAGAGAGAGCAAAGACUGACUGUGAACUUAUGGAUAUACACUGUUAUUCAGGAACAUAUGUAUAUUUCUUGAUAACUUAUAAUGCGUUAAAAUAAUUUGAAAUAUACGUUGUUAUUUUCAUUCAAAGCUUUGAAUGGGUUAGACAUAUGUAUGUUCCUACCUAUGAUUACUAUAUAUUACAAGUAUUAGGUUACAUUGUACAUCUUUUUGG